GGGUUAUCCACACUUGCAUUACGGAUGAAUCGGCAUACAAUCCCUGAUAAUAUCAUUAUUCUUCCAGAAUAUUUGCACUUCAUUUCUUUCUCUUCCUCACAGGUCGAUGUAAUUGAAGCACAAUACUCACACUUAAUUCAUCGUCUACAUAGUGAUCAAGAAAUCGGAUUAAUUCAAAUCGCACAUGAAGCUUACCUGGCUGGUUUACAAGCACAAGCAUUAUUGUUCAUGCCAAAUAUAAAAUUAUGUAUAUUACAGUUGUUAAAUUAUUGCUGUCAAUUUGUAGAUUUAUCAAAUCAACAAUACUACAAUGAUCAUUUAAUGAAUAUGGAUGAUGACCAUAAUCAUCAAUUGUCUAGUGAAGUGCAAGAGAUGGUGAAUAAAUUUUAUACUCAAGCAAAAUUAUUGUAUGAUUUAUUAAAUAUUUCUUGCUUAACCGGUGCUAAAAGUAGUGUUGGUUUCAAUCCUGGCCAUACCGCUGUUAAUAAUCGUCGGGACUUCGAAUCAUUAUCGUUACCUGGUAUUAUUACUACUACUGCUACUACCAACCGUCCUCUUUAUUCAGAAAAAACAGAUUUAAAUCAGUUAUUGUUACGGAUAGAUUUUAAUCAUUUUUAUAGUGAUUCAUCGGAGAAUUUAAUCUAA